GUUGGGACAGGCUCCACCUCCUGUGACUCUAGAUUAUAAUGAAUCAAUGCUUCAUUAUGUCUAUGGGUUGCCGCGGAGCCACGUCACUUCCGGCGAAGUGGCCAAUCCAAAGGCGAGAAUUCGUACUUCCACAACUGGCCGCCCGAUGAAAACCACCGCAGGCUGCUUUGAUUGUCAAUUGAAAUCAGAUGGUUUUGUUUUGUCUCUAACUUGUUUCGUCAGUCAGUUGACGGCUCUUACUGCCUGCAACGAUGAGAUUUAUACACCAAGCUGACCUGAAACGAACCACUGCACAUUAAGCUGACUUUAUUGACGAGUCUGACCCUUUUAAAAAGUGACCAAAUUACAUGUAUUUGUAUUGAGCUCGGUGAUGUCAUCGGUCAGAAAUGGCCACCAGAGGGCGCUCGGUGUAAAGUCCGCGGUAACCCACAUAAUCUGGUGCAAAGGUCACUAAAACUAUCACACCUAUAUUUAGUAACAUCUAAUUACUUGGCGCCAGUUAGUGGUGUGUUAACUAUGUUUGUAAACUAGCGUUUUAGUUUCGCUAACGAGUCACAGACUACUUAGCUUUGUAGCUAGCGGCUCCUUUGGCGCUUUGUUUUCUCGAAUUAAACUAAAUGUUUUUGUGACUGUCACACGCACACAGAGAAAAAUAAGAUUUGUGUUUGUCACCUGGACAGUCGGACAAAGCGCCAGACAGCGGAGCUCUUGAGGACAGCAGCCAUUUAACCAGAAAACAGAUCACUUUCUAUGAGGGAAAAUGUUUCACCGGCAGGAAGCUGGAGGUCAGAGGUGACUGUGAUAACUUCCAGGAUCGCGGCUUCAUGAACAGAGUGAACUCUAUUCGCGUGGAGAGUGGCGCCUGGAUCUGCUACGACCAUCCGGACUUCAAGGGCCAGCAGUACAUCCUGGAGCACGGAGAAUACCCAGAAUUUCAGAGGUGGAACUCACACAAUGACCACAUGGGAUCUUGUAAGCCAGUCCGCAUGCAUGGCGAGCACUACCGCAUCGAGCUGUUUGAGGGCUGUAACUUCACCGGACACUGCGUGGACAUCUGUGACGACUGUCCCUUCCUGCAGAGCCGCGGCUUCACCAACAACUGCAUCAACUCCGUCAGAGUCUACGGAGACGGCGCAUGGGUGAUGUACGAGGAGCCAAAUUUCCGUGGCCGUAUGUACAUUGUGGAGCGAAGAAACUACUGCAGCCAUAACGAGUGGCAGGCCCAGAACCACAACAUCCAGUCCAUCCGCCGAGUCGUCAACUACUUCUAGACAGACCGAACUUUGACCUUCAACUGUGCAUGUGAUUUUUCACCUGUUUAUCAGAAAUAAAUCCAGACAGACAGA